AUGACUAAAAAUAUCGCACAUAACUUGCCAAAGAACGUGUCGGACUGGAAAAUUGCAGCUGAAAAGGAGGGAGUCUUGAGCCUGACCCUCAGCACAUUGGACGUGCUGCCUUCAGCUUCAAAAAUGUCGAUCAGGGAAUACCUAGCAAUGCGAGUGCUGCGUCCUAGACGUCUGAAGGCAGAGAAGAUACCGGUGAAAAAAGCCCUCGAAGAUCGCACCGAGAAAAUACUGAGUGGUUUUAACGCGUUUGAAUCCUAUAUCGCGUAUAUCACCGAGUCCAAGAAGAGUGUUGGCAAAGAAGACAGGAACCUUGGGGCCUUCCAGCUGGUGAGAGACUCCCAGCUACAAGCCUUGGGACACAAGGCUAAUGUUAGUGAUCUGACUCCAACGGCUCCUCCAAUUUUCCGACCGCGAUCCAGCCAAGACCCAUCUUCGCAGCCCGGCUCGCAGAGUCGGCCAGCAGCGGGAUCGACUACUCAUCUAGCUGUUUCUGGAGCUACAGAGGCACCGAGGCCCACCGCAGCGGCCCCUUCCCCGUGCCAGCUUCCUCUCAGCACCAGUGGUCAGUCGGGGACCGCCACGACCUAUGCGUCAUGGAUAGUCCCAUCGAGAUCCAAGGAUGAACAGAUUGUGAACGAGGCGCUGACGGAACUGUUAAGGGCUCUUACCCUCAACAUUCCUGAUAUAGCCUGCCGAUGGACCUCCGCUCGAAGACCGUUCGCAACUCUACAGUUUGCACAAAACGAAUUGACGGCUUGCACGGAUGGCUAUCUUGAAGGGAUUGUUGUUGAUGAAACGUUCGCCAUUGUUGAGGCAAAAGCGGCGAGUCGAGACCGAAAGCAUCAGCCUUUAGUCCUAUGGCAAGAAGCAGCGGAAAUGGUUGCGUGGAUCAUGACGGAUACGAAUGCCCGACAAUGUCCACUUGAUAAGUAA